UUGUUUUCAGAAAUUGUAGACAACAGACGGCAGACUGUACGCAACUGUCCAUUCACUUGAGASCAAAAAYAAUAACRUCAUGACGGAUUUCAAUGUUGCAGACCUAAUUGCCAGCAAAAGAGAUGGUGAUCUGUUAACAAGGGACCAAAUUCAUUAUUUCGCUAAGCGUGUAGCUUCAGGAGACGUGGCUGAAUCUCAAAUCGGUGCUAUGUUGAUGGCCAUAUGGCUGAAAGGAAUGACAACAGAAGAAACCGUUUACCUAACGGAAGCUAUGAUAAAUUCCGGAUCUAUCCUUGCUUGGCCUGCUGAGUGGGGAGGAUGUAUUGGUGAUAAGCAUUCGACUGGAGGAGUAGGUGAUAAGGUUAGCUUGGUUUUGGCACCAGCACUUGCUGCUUGCAAAGUAAAAGUUCCAAUGAUUUCAGGUCGCGGUCUUGGACAUACUGGUGGAACUCUAGACAAGUUAGAAUCCAUUCCAGGAUUCACAGUCAAUCUAACUCCAGAUGAGAUGUUGAAGGUUUUACAAAGUGUUGGCUGUUGCAUUGUGGGACAGACUGAGUCAUUAGUACCAGCAGACAGAGUGCUAUAUGCAAUCCGUGACAUAACUGGCACAGUGGCUUCAAUUCCACUAAUUGCUAGCUCAAUUGUUUCUAAAAAGGCAGCAGAGUCAUUGUCAGCACUAGUCUUAGAUGUAAAAUGUGGUCGUGCAGCAUUUGCCUCGUCAUUAUCAACAGCCAGGCAACUUGCAACAACACUGGUGAACACUGCUGAAGGCUUGGGAGUGAAGUGUACCGCACUUAUCACACAGAUGGAUCAUCCCAUAGGCAAAGCUAUUGGUAAUUCUUUAGAAGUAGUUGAAUCUAUACAGUGUCUCCAUGGUGAUGGGCCUGAUGAUCUUGAAGAACUUGUUUGUUUGCAAGGUGGAUACCUACUUCACUCUCUUAAGAAAGUCAAGUCAAGAGAAGAAGGCAGUGAGUUCAUCAAGAAGACUCUACAGAAUGGCAUGGCAAUCAAGAAAUUCAAAGAAAUGUUAAUUGCACAGGGUGUUGCCCAGAAUAUUGCUGAGACUCUGUGCAAGAAGGGUGCAAAUCCCUAUGACCACAUCCCUUUGGCACCACAAUCACAUGAGUUCAAAGCAAAGAAAACAGGGCAUAUCAAAGAUAUCGAUGCCUUGCAUUUUGCAACAGUAUGUGGCAAUCUUGGAGCAGGACGUCAGAAGGUUACAGAUAAAGUAGAGCAUGGUGUAGGCAUAACACUGAAUGUGAGAGUAGGUGAUUAUGUCAAGGAAGGAGAGGUAUUGGGUGUGGUAUACCACAGUGGUCACUUGACAAUUGAUGCUGUCAACAGCUUACAAGAAUCAAUUACAAUUGAGGUAAAUGGCAGUGGAGAAUGCUUAUCAGUAAAAUCCAGGCUUAUUGAAGUGGUUGACAGACUYGAGACAACAAAUGGUAUUUUUGUUGGACAGUAGCUUGCUGAAUCUAGCAGUAUAACCAGUGUGUAAACUAUCCUGGUAUUUCAAUAGUAUUUCAAUAUUUUUUUGAAAUAGACAUUGAAUCUAAUAUUAAUAAUACUUAAUAAGUACAGAACAAACAAUACASCUGUAGAAUGCUUCCUGUGAAUAACUAGAGAGGACAUUACUUAAUCCAUAAAAUAAAUAUUUAACACUAAUUACUACUAAAAAGUGUUGAUUAAACCAAUAAAUAACAAAGGAAUUACCAUAACUCUAAUAAUUUUUGUUAGCAUCUGUCGUAGAUAUGUUUUGUUUACUUUAUUUAUAGUGUAAAUACUAGUAAGAGUGUUGUAAAUACAACAGCUAGACGAGUUCACAAUACUUAAUGAGUUUGUAAGAUUUCUUGUGAUUGGAGGAAUAAAUUGUAACAAGCUGAGCAUAGUAAGGUACAAGCAUGUUC